UACACAGGGCGAUCUUGCACUGACAGUUUUUAUGAAGACAAAUAUGCUCAUGGAUGUGUUUGAUGAAUGAAAACUUUUUUUGAAAUUAUUUUACUUUGCUCUACGCAAGUAGUUUAUCAAAUUCAUAUUCAUUUACCUUCAACUGGUAUAUCAUUCACCUCGCAAAACGACUUUCGAAAAAUGUUUGACGUUCAGUGAAUCUUGGAACAUCAUAAUAUUGGAAGUUUGUAAACGGAAUUUCAAAAAUCGUUGCAAUAAAUCAUACCACAACAAUAUAAAUGUCUGGACUUCUUUUCCUAUCUGUCUGGGCGGAUGAGACAAGCAGGAAACAAAGACGGAUGAUACAAGCGUGAAAGAUUCCGAGAGAUUGCGGAGAACAGUGUGACGCUAGCAAAAGAUGGCGUCAAUUGAACCAGAUCAAAGUACAAUGAGCGACGAGCUAGAUAUUUGAUUGUGCAAGCCUUGUAUAGAAUCCAAAAGAGAUAGUAAAGCUGCGUUGUAUUGCAAGGUGUUUGAUAAGUACCUUUGCGAAGAAUGCUACAGUAAUCAUCAAAAAACAGACGAUGAACAUGUUACACGAUACUGUUGAUGUUAUGGAAAAGUUAAAGAUUGCCAUAAUUUAUUGCAACCCAUGUAAAGAAGGAAACAUUGACAAGACUGCCCAGUUGUUUUGUCCAAUUUGUGACGAAUACCUUUGCGACGAUUGUGUUGAAACUCAUAAAAUGAUGAAAAAGACAAAAACGCACGUUCCGAUCGCGAAAGAACUAGUUGAAGAACAAUCCAAACAGUCCGACGAAAUAUUUGUAGAAUGCGAACCUUGUAAACUAGGCAAUAAGCGACAAGACGCCAAGAAGUUUUGCCAUGAAUGUAACGAAUAUCUCUGCGCAAGUUGUGUCAUUCUUCAUCAGCGCACAAAAUUGACAAAAACGCACUUGCCGAUCGCGAUAGAACUUGUCGAAGAGCAAUCCAAACAGUCCGACGAAAUAUUUAUAGAAUGCGAACCUUGUAAACUAGGCAAUAAGCGACAAGACGCCAAGAAGUUUUGCCAUGAAUGUAACGAAUAUCUCUGCGCAAGUUGUAUCAUUCUGCAUCAACGCUCAAAAUUGACAAAAACGCACUUGCCGAUUGCGCUAGAACUUGUCGAAGAGCAUUCAAAACUGUCCACCGAAAUAUUUGUAGAAUGCGAACCUUGUAAACUAGGCAAUGAGCGACAACGUGCCAAGAUGUUUUGCCAUGAAUGUAACGAAUAUCUGUGCGCAAGUUGUAUCAUUCUGCAUCAGCGCACAAAAAUGACUAAACGGCACGCGCCAGAACGUAUUGGAAAUUUUCAAAAAGGGUCAUCUUUUAGUAAGCACUUUUGUAAUCCUUGCUCUGGUGAGAGUCAAAAGGAGGCUGUAAUGUUUUGUGAAACAUGCGAAGAAUAUCUCUGUGAGCACUGCGUAGCUUACCAUAAAAAGCAAAAGGCAACAAAAGCACACAUCUUAACGUCCGAUUUAGGCAUCGGAGAUACAAAUAGAGAGAUCCCCUGUGAGAUUUGCAUGCUUAAAGAGACAUUUUCUCCCUCUGAAAAUUUUUGCGUCGAAUGCGAGGAGCAUCUUUGUAAACAAUGCACAGAAUUUCACCUGAAAAGAAAGAAAACCCAAAAUCACCAGAUAUCAAAGAACGAAGAAAGAAAGCUAUCCAAUGCCGUAGACUGCACUGUCUGUCAAGAUGUCGGCUAUUUGUCAAAAGCGGUAAAAUACUGUCGUGAUUGUAUUGAAUAUUUGUGCGAAAAAUGCAUGGUGAGGCACCAGAUAAAUGAGUUAAUGAAAAUCCACAGUUUGCUUGCCAUGGAGGAAAUGAAAGAAACGGCUUGUGAGACUUGUGAAAAAAGUGAUGCUGUGGCUUAUUGCAUGAAAUGCGAUGAAAUGCUUUGCUGGAAAUGUAGAAAGAUGCAUAAUAAAACGAUGAAAUACAAUGACCAUGAGCUGGCUCCAGUAUCGAAGACUAUUGCGAUGAAACCAGUUUGUAUUGUGAACCAUGUCAAGAGAGGGACAUUCAGGAAGUAG